GAGCUUGGACGGAUUGGCGGCGCCUUCGGCGGGCGAGGAUGCAACCGGUGGCGCAGCGGCUCGAGAGUGAAACGCGGAGCCCGGAGAUGACGAUCAAGGAGGAGAGGGAGAGGGAGAGGGAGCGGGGGGAGCGGCCUUCGGCGGGGCUCACCUUCUCCAUCGCCAAGAUCAUGGAGCCGGACAAGAGGAGCUCCGACUCCCUUCUCCGCAUCCCCCACUAUUACCCCUUCCACCUGGACUACUCCGCCUUCAAGAAGUACGUCCCCAGGCCGCAGGACAUCUUCCCGCCCAUCCUCUACUGCGACCCCAGGUCCUGGCUCUGGGUCCCCGAGCAAGAGGCCCGGCCGAAAGUGGAGGCGCCGAAAGAGAGGGCGAGCGAGACGGAGAAAGAGAAGCGGGAGGAGAGCGAGAAGCCUGAGCAGAAGCCGAAGACGUUCUCGUGCCCGGACUGCGGGAAGCUCUUCAACGCGCACUACAACCUCACGCGGCACAUGCCCGUCCACACGGGCGCGCGCCCUUUCGUUUGCAAGAUCUGCGGCAAGGGCUUCCGGCAGGCCUCCACGCUCUGCAGGCACAAGAUCAUCCACACGGAGGAGAAACCGCAUACGUGCGUCACCUGCGGCAAGGCCUUCAAUCGCAGCUCCACGCUCAACACGCAUUCCCGCAUUCACGCAGGUUACAAGCCGUUCACGUGCGAGUUCUGCGGGAAGGGGUUCCACCAGAAGGGCAACUACAAGAACCACAAGCUGACCCACAGCGGGGAGAAGGCGUACAAGUGCAGCAUCUGCAACAAGGCCUUCCACCAGGUCUACAACCUCACCUUCCACAUGCACACGCACAACGACAAGAAGCCGUUCACCUGCACCGUUUGCGGGAAGGGGUUCUGCCGGAACUUCGACCUCAAGAAGCACGUCCGGAAGCUCCACGACUUCGCGUCGACGGAGCCGUUGGAGCUCCCGGCGUCGAGAUCCGCCUUCCCGGCCCCCGGGGAGUCCCCGUUCAUGGGGCCUGGACUUGUCCCCGCUAUACCCGGAUCCUACAUUGCUAAGAUUUUGUGACAGGCCCAGGAGAUGAGGGCUAUCGCUGCUGUCGGACUCCAGUACUGCGAAUCGCGUUGAGUUCCCCGCAUCGUUGAGGACAUCCAUUGAGAAAGUGCGGAACCACGUAUCUUGACCCCAGUGGGAGUUGACCUCGUGCGGCAGGAAGUUACGUCCCGUCCGUCACCUCCCGUCACCUCCAGUCACCUCCAGUGACCGCCUGAUAAGGAUGGAAUUCCCGAAACUAUGCCUUUGAUUCGCUUACCUCUGCACGGCCUCCCGCGAGGCGACGCGAGAUGACGGGAGGAGAUGGAAGGAGACGGGAGGAGAUGGAAGGAGACGGGAGGAGACGAUAGGUGACGGGAGGUGACGAGAGGUGACAGGAGGUGACGGGAGGUGACGGGAGGUGACGGG